AUGAUUAAAUUACUGCUAAGGCGUUUUAGAGUGUUCCUUAACGAAUUCGCAGCAUUUUUACAAAGGUUUUGGGAUGACAUACAAGUUGUUGGCAACAACCUUUUGGAAGAAAAUGAGGCGAUGUUGGAUUUUUUCAUGGCCAAUCGUAUUCAUCUACUGUUAAUUCCUGUGAUAGUACAUACCGUAAUUAUUAACUUAGAUGUUAUUAUCGAACAAUUUUGGACCACGGUAUUUGUGAUAGUUGUGUCCGGUAUUAAUGUGGCCUUAAUCGUGGCCUUGUUUCAAAUACAUAGAGAAUAUAUGUCUAUGGCUAUUUUUCAUUUGCGCAUGAACAACGUGCAAGAGCAGCAUCUAGUUUUCGGACUGUCAACUGGCUGUCAGUGGUCGGAAAAUUGUUUACUAUGGUUGAAAAUUAAAGAAAAACUACAAAGAGUAACCAACCUAAAUCAAUUAAAAAUUAGCCAAUAUUACAAGACGCUUAAAGAAAACCCACAAAUGUAUUCGAAACAAGCCGACGCAUUAGUUUUAUAUUUUUUAACCUCACUUUUCCUGUUUGCGAGUUCUGAGAAGAUAAAACAGCCAGUGCCGCCUUGUAAAUCAUGCAGGGUAUACGUAGACUCAAUUAUUAAGGGUAUGGAAAGGACUGAACGUGGUAAGUUUGAAGGCGGAGAUGCAGCCUGGGAAGAAGAAAAACUUCGCCCUUACGCAACAAGCGAAUUAAGACUGACCGAAAUCCAGGAAAAUUUAUGUCAGGAAGUGAAAGAAGGCAAAGACCAAUGCUAUUCGCUUAUGGAAAAAUACGACUCUGAGUUGGAAGAAUGGUGGUUUAAAAAGCAACAAACUCACCCAGAUUUAUUCGGAUAUUUUUGCAUUGACACGAUGCAGGUGUGUUGCCCUGAUUUGCACUUUGGCCCUGAGUGUACACCAUGUCCAGGGCACCCUGCGAAGGUGUGCAACGACAAUGGUAAAUGCAGAGGGGCUGGAACAAGAAAGGGUAAUGGAACUUGCAACUGUCACGAGGGGUACACAGGGGAGUUAUGCGAUGCCUGCGAUGAGUCGUACUUUGCAGCCUAUCAAGACGAACAUAAGUUGCUAUGCUCAAAAUGCCAUGUUGCUUGCGAUGGAACUUGCUUAAAAGCUGGAACCAAGGGAUGCCAAAAAUGCAAAGCAGGAUGGUUAUUUGACGAAACUAAGGGUUGUAUUGACGUUAACGAAUGCGCUUCAAAAACAUCUCCGUGUAGCCCGUUGCAGUUUUGCGUAAACAAUGAGGGUAGUUACAGAUGUUUGGAAUGUGAUAGAGCCUGUUUGGGCUGUACUGGUGACGGGCCCGAUAUGUGCUUGAGAUGCGCCAGUGGAUUUACAAUGCAAAACAAUAUGUGCAUAGAUAGUGCAAAUGAGAGGAGAAUGAAUUACAUCUGGUACACAAGAUACAUAACUUAUGCUGGACUUUGCAUAGCCACAUGCAUAAUAUUCCAGAAAAACACUCUAGUAGCUGGUGUUAUUGGUAUGGCUGUAGCCACAUACAUUUACGCAUCAGAAUACAUGAUUUCCAAACCGCCCACCCCCGAUACAGAUGCAUUGAAAGAGGAUUUAAUGAGGGCGUUAAAUUAAAUUAAAUACAUUAAACUUAGUCAAAUGUAAUUCCCACAUACUUGGAUAUGUGGUCAUUCUUCAUCUUCCAUCUCCUCUUCUAUUGUACAAAUGUAUGUGAUUUUAUUUCAGAUUUUCCAUUGGAAGAAAAUCUAUAGUCAAUGUGAAUUUUGUGUAUAUUUUUUUAAUUUCAACACCAGUUUUAAUUAAUUGUUGUAAUUAUUGUUUUCAUCAUUCAUUAUUAAAAAAUGAUAAUUUA